AUGCGUGUGUGUGUGUGUGUGUGGGUGUGGUCUGACGUACAAAUACAAGCGGCAGCUUGGUCGUAUCCGGGGGGGGGGGGCAAAGAGAAAGGGGUUUGGUUUCCUAUAUUUUCUUCACAGGGAAAGAAGCCAUUCUGCUUACUCGCCAACCCUCCUACAAAACAAAUCGAGCGGGAAACGCACGUGGGAGAGGACCCCUCCCCCUUGCGCCUCCUGCAUAUUAGACUAGGUAGCAAUUGCCAUCGCGUUACAAUGGCAUGGGCAGACGAUUCCUUCCGAGAAACAAGCAAGCAUUCAAGACAAAGGAGCGGAACGAGGGAAGGGAGGAGAAGGGGGAUAGGUGAAAGAAAAGAAAAAAAGAGAGAAAAAAAAAUGGCAACAAGGGAAAAAAAAGAAUAG